ACGCGGCAGUACCACGUACAACGUCCUUCGGACCGAAGAUAUAUCAAGGGACAAUCACCUCCGGGCUGUGGGGAUAAAACCCAGUCCUCUCUUCCCCAGAAAUCACCUUCCCACCUUUCCCCUGGCUGGAGGGGCAGUACCAUCUUCUUCUUCUUCUGCACCACCACCACAACCCACUGGCCAAUAGGACACUGUCGUCAGAAAGAUGACUCUCCUCGCCCUCGUUGAAGAUCGGCCGACGCCGAAGGCCGUGUACAACUGGCGAGUUUAUGCGUGUGCGGCCAUCGCCUCGUUCGCGUCGUGCAUGAUCGGCUACGACUCUGCAUUCAUCGGGACGACGCUGGCCCUGCCUUCCUUCACCAAGGAGUUCGACUUCGCGUCCUACAGCCCUGAGGCGCUCGCCCUGCUCCAGGCCAACAUCGUUUCGGUCUACCAGGCCGGCGCCUUCUUCGGCAGCCUGUUCGCAUACUGCACCAGCUACUUUCUCGGCCGCAAGAAGUCCCUUCUCAUCUUCGUCGUCGUCUUCAUCGUCGGCGCCUCCAUCAUGCUGGCCGCGAAUGCCGAGAGGGGGAUGGGCCCCAUCAUCGGCGGCCGCGUCCUGGCCGGCAUCGGCGUCGGCGGGGCGUCCAACAUGGUGCCCAUUUACAUCUCGGAGCUGUCCCCUCCCGCCAUCCGUGGUCGGCUAGUUGGCAUCUACGAGCUGGGGUGGCAGAUCGGUGGUCUUGUCGGCUUCUGGAUCAACUACGGUGUAAACACGACCAUGCCCGAGACCAAGUCGCAGUGGCUUAUCCCCUUCGCCGUCCAGCUCAUCCCCGCCGGUUUGCUGCUCUUCGGCUCCCUAUGGAUCAGGGAGUCACCCCGAUGGCUCUUCUCCAAGGGCAAGCGGGAGCUGGCUAUGAAAAACCUCUGCUGGAUGCGGAACCUCCGGGCCGACGAUAUCUACAUUGUCGAAGAGGUCUCGCAGAUCGACAAUGAUCUGGAGCGAUACCGGAGGGAUGUCGGCGCCGGGUUCUGGAAGCCAUUCCUCUCCCUCAAGCAGCCCAAGAUCCAGUGGCGAUUCUUCCUCGGAGGCAUGCUCUUCCUCUGGCAGAACGGCUCCGGCAUCAACGCCAUCAAUUACUACAGCCCAACCGUCUUCAAGAGCAUCGGAAUCACCGGGACCAACACGGGCUUCCUCACGACCGGCAUCUUCGGCGUUGUGAAGACCAUCGUCACCGUCGUCUGGCUGCUCUACCUCGUGGACCGCGUUGGCCGACGCCGGAUGCUGUUCAUCGGCGCCAUCGGCGGUUCCCUCUGCAUGUGGUUCAUCGGCGCGUACAUCAAGCUGGCCAAUCCCGAGGGGAAAUCAGGGUCCGAGGGGAAAUUAGACUCUGGCGGUAUCGCCGCCAUCUUCUUCUUCUACCUCUGGACGGCCUUCUACACGCCUUCGUGGAACGGCACGCCCUGGGUCGUCAACUCGGAGAUGUUCGACCAAAACACGCGGUCGCUGGGCCAGGCGUCGGCCGCGGCCAACAACUGGUUCUGGAACUUCAUCAUCUCCCGCUUCACGCCCCAGAUGUUCCUGAAGAUGUCGUACGGCGUCUACUUCUUCUUCGCGUCGCUCAUGAUCCUCUCCGUCGUCUUCGUCUACGCCUUCAUCCCCGAGACCAAGUCCGUCCCGCUCGAGGCCAUGGACCGCCUCUUCGCCACCAAGCCCCUGCGCAAGGCGAACAAGAUCGUCAUGGACCAGCUGCGCCUCGAGGACGAGGAGUUCCGCCAGAACGCCGCGGGCGCGCACCUCGAGGCCGACGAGAAGGCCAACGUCGCCCAGCUUGAGGGGACUGCGACCCCCUGAGAGACGCUUUGCAGGCUCCACGGAAUAAUAGCACUAGGUGGAUGUGCCCUAUGGAUCGGCUAUGGAUGUUGGAAGGGUGCUUUAUAUGUUCCAAUUAAGAUAUUUAAUUAGGUAUCCAAGUGCAAUGGUUUACAUAUCAUUUCAAGC